AUGGCCGCCGCCCCGGUAGCAGAAACAAUCAACGGCUUCGUGAACCCGCCCACCGACCACGAAACCCUCUCCCUCUUCCACCCCUCCACCCCUCAAGCCCAGAGGAUAAACGACCACAUCACCAACCACCCCUUAUCAGUACACCUCCGCACGCAGGAGAAAUGGAUAGAAUCCCGCCCUCAUCUCAAGAUCCCUCCGGCCAUGCGCCCGCAUAAUCUCACCGGAGGGACAUUAUUAGGGGAAGGGAAAAUCGAGGUCCCGCCCUUGACUUUCCAGGAUAAAGAUAGUGAAUUACCGUCUUUGGUGCAAAUCUCCUACAUCGGCGCCGCGCUGUGCGGACACCCGGGGAUCGUGCACGGUGGGUUGUUAGCGACGAUGUUGGAUGAGGGUUUAGCAAGAGCGUGUUUCCCUGCGCUGCCGAAUAAGGUUGGGGUUACGGCGAGUUUGAAAAUCGAUUAUAGGGUUCCUUGUCCCGCGGAGAGUUUUGUGGUUUUGAGGGCUGAGACGACGAAGGUGGAGGGGAGGAAGGCGUGGGUUAAGGGGUGGAUUGAGAUUUUGGGGGAGGGUGGGGAGGAUGGUGGGUUGAAGGAGGGUGUCAAGGUUGUGGAGGCUGAGGCGUUGUUUAUUGAGCCCAAGGGGGCGAAGGGCAUGGCGAGGGUGUAUAGUUCGCAGUAG